AUCUCCUCUUUCAUUCACAACAACACCCUCCAAUCCCACCAUGUCUCUCCAAGGCGAGCUCUCAACUUUCCCCUGCAGCAACUUCAUCUACCCCAUCUUCACCUCUGGUGACCUCGCCUCCGAGAGGGCGGUGCUCUUCAUUGGCGGUCUGACGAAUGGGAUUGGGGGGGUGCCUUUUACUUAUCCGCUUAGUGAGGCCCUCAAGGGCGCGGGGUGGAGACUGCAAGUGCUUUUUCCUCAGUGUCUUGUAUGAGAGGCUGACAGGGGGUUAAAGGGUACAGUUUCACUGGAGCUCGGCCUUUGGCGGGUAUGGCACGGGAAGCUUGGACCGUGACCGAGAAGAGAUGCAAACUAUCGUCAAGCACCUCAAAUCCAAGGGCGUCAAGACAAUCGUGAUCAUGGGCCACUCUACCGGCUCCCAAAACGUCAUGCACUACCUCUCCUCCCCCGCCAACGCGGACCCCUCGGCCGAUAUUCACGUCGUCGGCGGUAUCAUGCAAGCUUCCGUAUCCGACCGUGAAUUCUGCAAGGACUAUAAGCACUACAACGACACCCUUCCUCUCGCCCAACAAUGGAUCAAAGAAGGCCGCGGGGAUGAUAUCUUGCCGAAAGCGUUUUGUGACAAGGCUGGGUUUGGGGAUGUACCGAUGUUGAUGACUGCUUAUCGCCUCCAUUCUCUUAUCGGUAUCGGAGGCGACGACGACUACUUUUCCGCCGACAUCCCCUCCAACCCCACUCCUGCCUUCGUCCACUCCCUCUCCUCCUCGUUCGGCGCCCUCACCACCCCUGCCCUCGCUCUCUACGCCGAAGGCGACGCCAAAUACCAGGUCGCCCAUCCUACUGAGCUUUUGCCGAAAUGGGCGGAAGCUGCAAAGGGGAAGCUGCAGUGGAGGAUUCUGGAAGGGGCGAGCCAUGGGGUUGAGGAGGAGGGUCCGCAGAGGGUGCUUUGUGAGGAGGUGUUGAAGUUUAUUAAGCAGUUUGAGUAAGAGGUAGUGUAUACUUGGAUUUGUGAGCCUGUCCAUAUGCUACUCUGCUCAUCGAUGUCUCGUUCUCUACAAGUUCAGGUACAGCGGCUUCUCAACUGAACAUGUACCCUUG